AUGUCUACAUUCCUUGAAGCCUACAAUGCACUUUGUAGUGACUACCGUGAUUAUAUGGACUCCUUGGAAUAUUUCCGACCUGAGAUUUACCAUAGGUCUGAUAUGCUCCCUGGAUCUGAUUUGCUGUUAAAUGUCCGGCGUCGUGUAACAGACGUCGUCUCCAUGAUCCAGGAGCAGGAAUCAUCUCUACGGGAUUCAUGGCUGAGUCCCGCAUCUCUAGGUCGCACUAUUCUCUCCCUCUCACCUAAGGCCUUGAAUCCAAGUGAUAACCGGGCAGAUUCAGUUGUGGUUGCCAUAUACCAUGACGAGAAUCUUUUUUUCUACUCCGCCCAGGGAUACGAAGAAACGUAUGGAGGGAGGCAUCAUGAUCACUUCAAAAAUAUUCAGGAUAUGGCAUACAUAGUCCGCAAAUUCGGUCACUCUUCUUUUCUAAUGAAUAUCACGACCAUGGACUCCGAGGUUCAUUGGAAGAGGAGUUUUUUUCCUACCAACGACGAAUACUAUCGGUCGGCGGAAAGGGCUUUCCAAGCUGCGAACAAGAUCCCUGACGACAAGAACAUCGACUGCGGAGGUGACUUCCCACUCUUGGACAAUGACGGUCACCUAGUCGGCGCGGUUUGCGUCAGCGGUCUUGGGGAUGCCGAAAAUCAUGAUCUAGUAGUAAGGGGUAUCAAGAAGUACCUUCAUAAAGCAGAAGAGGUCCCUCAGAAAACAGAAGAGGUUCUCCAGGAAACAGAAAAGAAGUCUGAGUCUGAGUAUGAGAUGGUCGAGGAGUACACUGUAUUAAUUAUUACUUCAAUUAUGGUCGAGGAGUAGACUGUAUUAAUUAUUGCUUCAAUUGUGAGAUUUGCUAGUCGAACUAUACAACCCACGCUCGAUCAAACCCAUGUAAGCAGUAAAAAAAUCAAAAUCGUAACAAUUCACCAGAGACCGAGAACUAACAGAUUAUUAUCAAGAAUAAAGCAGAAUAAAAAAAAGAAAGCAAAAAAAAUUUCGUCACAGACAAGAUUCGAACUUGCGCGGGCAGAACCCAACGCCUUACAGCUACU